UAGGCCAUUUGCCAUAAUUGUAGGGAGAAAAAUAAUAGUAGCUGUUGUUUUCCUCUUUCCGGCGCCACCUUCAAGAGGUGAUAGGGAUUUCCCAUUCCCUUGGUGCGGACUAAAAUUGGGUUGUAGCCGACUCACGCCCACUGAAUUGCGGCACUAAUCCAAUGAGUUCGCUCAUUUGUCCCAAACCUCGUCGUCUUGGGGAUCCCAUUAGCCAUUCUAACUGCCUUCCCUUGAGAAAUCAAGCUGAGACCUUUGUUUCAAAAGGUGGAGCUGAACUUAUUGAUCUCAUUCUCAAAGAGGAUGGUGUGGCUGCAGCACAAUACACAUCUGAUCUGUCAUCAUCCCCUCCUUUCUUCUCUGGUUCACCGCCUUGCAGGGCUAUGAAUCCAUUAAUCCGUGAUGCUCAUUUUACAAACGAAAAGCAACCCCGUUUUUCAUCAUCACCAAGAUCAUCUACUUCAGCUUCAUCUUCACCUUCAUCAAGUUGUAAAGGAAGGUGUUCAAGGGCAAGACUUGGGCAAACUCAAUCACCAAAUAGAAUAGAGGGCUUCGACUGCCAAAACGCUCGCAUGGCUGCCAUGGCUUAAAUCUUCCUUACUGAGCAGUAUAUAAAGUCGACAGUUCAACACUGUAUAUAGAAUAUCUGACUAGAAAACAACAACAAAAUUUUGGAGUAUAAUUAGCGAUUUGUUAGAGGGGAAAGUCCUGGUUUUUCGUUAAUAUUAUUGUGCAACGAUGUGGUUCCUGCACAUUUAUUUGAAAUAAGGUGGUUGAGAGCUGAUAAUUUUGUUUUCGGGUCUAGUCUGUAAAUGCUCUCAAUUGAUUUUGGUGCCACAAACUUUUUGACAAUUUGAAAACUUGUAGUAUUGUAUAUAUGUGAAAUUUGAAUAGGAAGUGGUGAUUUUCAUUUCA